CGCGAGUCGUCUGCAACAAAUUUGGGAGGCCACUUCAGCGCCCCCUAGCACCGAUUGGCAACCAAUGGGAGUCGCACACGAAUGUUAUUAUUGUCAAGCUAUAAGAGCUGACGUGUGGUUCGUUUGUGGUUGUGCUCGAUUGUAUAGUGUGCGUGAGUGAAACACCGCUUCGCGUUCGGUUCAGUUGAUUUGUGGAGACCCUGUUCGGCACGUCUAAUUGACAACGGUUGUUCGGAAGAAGAGCAUUCGGCAGAUAUCCGUGAACCCCCGAAGUAGUAAUAUGGGGGCUCUCACAAAAUUGAGCGCUCUGAUUAUAGUUGCAUUCACCGAUCUAUUGUCGUAUGUAUCAUGUUCCGGAGUGGAAAAACACCUUCAGAUGGGUAUGCAGUUUCUCCAGAGAGGGGCAUAUCAGGAUGCAUUGUCACAUUAUCACGCAGCUAUCGAGGGUGACGAUACGAAUUAUCAGUCCUUCUACUGGAGAGCCACGGUAUACCUCGCUUUAGGGAAAUCCAAACUCGCCGUUGAAGAUCUCAAUCGUGUUAUUGAACUCAAGGAUGAUUUCCUCAAAGCCAGAGAGCAGAGAGGUAACAUCCUACUCAAACAAGGUCACCUAGACGAAGCUCACAUUGACUACGAGUUUGUGCUUCGUUUAGAACCAGAUAAUCCUGAGGCGUUGCACCACUACCACAUGAUCGAAGAACUUAAAAACGAUAUUGCGGUUGCGGUGCAGCUCCACGAGCAAAAUAAUUGCAUGGGAGUCAUUCACAUACUUCAGAGAGUUCUUGAACAGUGCCCGUGGAAUCUAAAACUGAGAGAGCUACGUGCAUCGUGCUACGAAUCUAUCGGUGACAUACAGUCAGCCAUCACGGAUCUCCGACCAGCGAUUCGAUCUGUGCCAGACAAUACCGGUGGUUAUCUUCACUUGGCACAACUCUACUAUAAACACGGAGACCCCGAUGACUCUUUAACUACCAUUCGCGAAUGCCUCAAGUUGGAUCCUGAUCAUAAGGAGUGUAUGGCCCUCUAUAAAAAUGUAAAGAAGUUAGCGGGACAAGUUAAAAGUAUGCAAGAGCUAUAUAAUGCGGGAAAGCAUGCUGAAUGUGUCGAGAAAGGUAACCAAGCACUUUUCAAGGAAAAGGCUUUGAAGAUGGUCGGACUUAUCAAGACCAAGCAGUGCCAGUGCGCUAGUAAGGGUGGCCAGCAAAGCGCGGUGCAAAUUUGUACCGAGGCACUUGCACUCGAUCCACAAAAUUCUAAUAUUCUUUGUGAUCGUGGUGAGGCAUAUAUCAACCAAGAUGAUUUUAAAAACGCCAAGCAAGAUUUCGCGGCCGCCCGUGAGUUGGAUCAAGAGAGCCAGAGAGCCGGUGAAGGCCUUAAAAGAGCACAGAAACUGGAGAAAUCCCGUGGUAAACGAGACUACUAUAAAAUUCUAGGUGUGAAGCGGUCAGCCAGUAAAAGAGAGAUCGCAAAAGCGUACCGAAAACUGGCGGCAGAGUGGCAUCCCGAUCAGUACCAAGGUAUCGAUAAGAAAAAUGCGGAGAAGAAGUUCAUCGACAUCGCAGCUGCUAAGGAGGUCCUUACAGACCCCGACAAAAGGGCGAAAUUCGAUCGAGGAGAAGAUCCCUUGGACCCAGAGAGUGGACGUUCAGAAUUUAACCCUUUCGCACAAGGCGGUUUCAACCCAUUUUCUGGAGGCGGCGGAAGCUUCCACUAUACUUUUCCCUUUUAGGCCAUUCCAGCAUUACGCAUACAGCUUUUCGUUUGAACGGCAGAGAAGUAUAAUGCUGGAUACGAAAGAUUUCUUGCAUUGCGUCACCAACCAUCAUACAUCUAUGCUCUUUUGAUGCAAUUUGACAGCACAAGUAUACUUCGGUUCCGUUAAGGAUGCAGUCAUCUAGAAAACUCAGCAGGAGCCGAGCUCUUCUGGGAGUGUUCUUCAAAUGGGUUGCGAGAAAGUGUGUGUGAACGCAUAAGCGAAAAAUGUAGUUGUUCCAAUUUUGCAACCAAGCGUUCUACCGGCCUUCUUCUAAGACGUAGAACCUACCGCCAUUUUUGUACAGUGCCGAUCCAUCUUCGAAAACUAAACUAAUCAAUUAAUUGACUAAGUCCGAUAAAAGUCUUUUGGACGCACUAGCGGCGAGACGGAGAGUUGCUAAUUGAAAUGUGAAGUUGACGACGUGCCGUAUAUGCGUCCCUGUAGACCAAUAAAACUAGCUUUUUUGCUUCGACAGUAUCCCUAAAAUGGGACACGGCACCCGUUUGGUUUUUCUGUGCGUCAUUUUUAGUGCAUAUACAUAUACAACUGACAUUUGUAAAACGAUGUGAUUAAAAAAUUGCGCUGGCUACAUUAAAUUGUCGAUAAUAUGUGACCACUGCUGCUUUCGUAAUGCCAGGGUUGUUAAUGAUGUGAUGACUUAUUCACGCCAUUUAACUGUGCGCGAAAGGAAGUCUCGGAUUAGCAUAUGAGUUUGUAUUUAUUUUAGGUAUAUAGAAAUUCAAGGGGUCUUAAUGGAGAGCGCGCGGGAAAUGAACGCUAAUGUAAAAAUAUGUACAUAGAAAAAUAAAAAGAAUUGCUAUUUUAUGAACUA